UCCUUAUCGUAAGCGUCCAAAGCUUGUUAGGCCUGCAUACGGCAUAGACGCCUUGUUCGCAAGGUUCGACCAGAGACUAUUGUGACAAACCUGUGUACGAAAAUCAAUUGAUAGAAAAAAAAGUUUCAAUUUGAAAUUGGAACUGAAGUUGGCGCGAUGUUGGUGACAUUACUCCUACUGGUGGGGGUCUCUUCGACCCUCGCUUUAGACAACGGGUUAGCAUUAACCCCUCCUAUGGGCUGGCUCACGUGGGAGCGGUUUAGAUGCAUCACGGACUGCAAGAAGUACCCUAAUGAGUGCAUCAGUGAGAACCUCAUCAAGAGAACAGCAGACAUUAUGGUGAGUGAGGGCUACCUGGACGCUGGCUACGAGUACCUGGGCAUCGAUGACUGCUGGCUGGAGAAGAAACGAGGUCCUGACGGCCGCAUGGUACCAGAUAAAGAACGGUUCCCCAGUGGAAUGAAGGCUUUAGCUGAUUAUAUCCACAGCAAAGGCUUGAAAUUCGGCAUGUACGAGGACUACGGAAACCUGACAUGUGCUGGCUACCCUGGAGUGCUGGGCAAUGAGCGUCUGGACAUUGAGACCUUCGUGGAGUGGGAGAUCGACUACCUGAAACUUGAUGGGUGCUACAUACAACCUGAGAAUAUGGAUGCCGGUUACCCGGCAUUCGGACAAAUGUUGAAUGAAACUGGUCGCUCCAUCCUUUAUUCGUGCAGCUGGCCAGCAUAUCAGGAAGACGCUAAAAUGCUUCCUGACUACGCGUCAAUAGCUCAACACUGCAACAUGUGGCGCAAUUGGGAUGACAUUGAAGACUCGUGGGCUUCCAUGACCAAGAUCAUGAACUGGUUCGGAGACAACCAGGACCGGCUGGCAAAACACGCUGGACCGGGCCACUGGAAUGAUCCCGAUAUGUUGCUGAUCGGCAACUUCGGCCUGACAAUAGACCAGGCUCGCGUUCAGAUGGCGGUGUGGUCGAUCCUGGCGGCUCCUCUCCUCAUGAGCGUGGACCUCGCCACCAUCAGACCGGAGUUCAAGGAGAUCCUACUCAACAAGGACGUUAUAGCUGUCAACCAGGAUCCUCUGGGCAAGCAAGGGUUGAGGGUUUGGAAGAAGACCGAGAGAGGGGCUAGGUCUCGUCUGGAGGUAUGGAGACGCGAGCUGCAGGGAGACGCGCAGGCGCUGGCCUUCGUCAGCCAGAGAGACGACGGCAUUCCUUAUGCCGCCAACUUUACCAGUAGCGAGAUGAACGUGCAAGAUGGAUUGUAUGAAGUUCAUGAUUUAUACAAAGACGAGGGAGUCCGCCAUUGGAAUAGCAAUGAAGAUUUUGAAGUUAGAAUUAAUCCAUCAGGUGUGAAAUUCUACAAGUUCAUAAGAAAGCCGUCGUCUGAUGUUGUUGUGAAAUCCAAGACUGAUAGCGAUAGUGCCAUGUCUGAUGCCGUGGUAUACACUAUGUUGAACAAGAGUUAGUUUGUAAGAAAUAUUAUUGUAACUAAUUAUGUUGUUAAGUAUAAGAAUACAAAUACAUCAAUAGGUGAUGCUGAGAUAUUAUGUUUAUCCUAUAUCCUUAAAUGACUCCUCAAGCUUUGGGUGCAGUGGGAGGGUGGCCGACUUUUAUUGGGUAGACCCAUUUUGGUUCUUGGUUUCUUCUGGAGCCCUUUGUGACCCAGGAUCGCGGAAACUCAAUUGAGCAAUCCCGCUGAUAUUCAUAUUUGUGCUUUUUACUAUCGUAUUCAGCAGAUGCUCGUCAUUGCGGCGCGACAUUUUUAGCGGUCGGUUCGACAGUGUAAUCCACAGUUGCAAUCAUUUCAACUUGAUCUUUUAAGCCGACCCGCGAUGGUAAACUCGCCACGUAAGUACGGCUGUCGUAAUUAUCCAGCUGGUGUAUAAAAUAAGGUAAAACUGCAAACCCUAAUUAAGGACAGUCAAAUGUAGUAGGUAGGUGUUCAGGCUGAUGAACUUAAACAUAAGGUAGGCUUAGGCUUAAACAUAAAGAUUCUCGUAACACAUGUGAUGUAAGGUAGGUAUCCCAGAAUGGAUAAGGUCACUUCAAGCUGGUACAUCCUGUUCAAAUUGUGUAGGUAAGUACAAUGAACAAAAAAUACAAGAUAGACCCACACCUUUGGAUUUUGAACUAGCCAAUAUUUACAAAACAAAGUCAAUAAACUUGAUAAAUAAAUUGAGUAGCAAUAGUACUUUACUAGUUUGGAAUAUAAACUUUGUACGUACUUGAAGAUAUAAAACCUCUAUAGAUAGUGAGAUUUACAAACAUUUCGCACAAAUAUUUAUAUUUGGUUGAAUUGAUAUCUAGGUUGAAGUGUCCGGUAUCGGUUGGGAAGUAAUCAAUACGGAAGUUAAUUAAACUUCGAUAUCGUUUUUCAUUUCCCUACAUACAUAACAAUGUUAGCCCACCUUAGUGUUCGUUGAGUAGGUCAUAACACCCGCGCAGGUCAAGCGGCCAGGUAAAGGUAGGUAAUACAGGUCUGAAUAAUUUGAAGCAAAAGUAAUAAUUACUCACUGAGAAAUGCAAAUUCAUAUUUUAUGCCUAGCAAUUAUUAUACUCAGAACAGCUAUUUCGUUUCUACAAAAAUAUUUUGUCAACCAAUGUCCAAAAUGGGACGUGUCCCAUACGGGUACGUGUACCUACCUAGAUUUUUAUAACUUAAAGCAGUUUUUUUAGGAACAGAAAUAGCUAAGUUAUAAUGUCUUCUCAAUAUGAGGUUGUAAUUAUUAACAUUUUACGAGCUCAAGUAGAUAAAAUAAGUGAAAAUAUAGGCACAGAUGGUCAAUGGCCCAAUUUCGGUUCGUUGCUCUAGCCCUAUUUUGAUAGGGCAAAGUCUUCUCAGAUUAUAGCGCUAUCAGGUAUUCCAAAACUCGUUUUCUUUGGUAUGUCGCUCAGUCAAGUUCUAGUGUACCGUUAUGUUAGUGAAAGUUUCUAGUUACAGAAAAAUAUGCUUAAAAAAUAGGUCGAAAUUACUACAUAUUUCUUUCUUUUGAAUUUUACAAAUUCCCGAACGUUGCUAGUCAUGACAUAAUCUAUUUUGACGUACGUCACCACCGGUGAUAGGAUUGUUCUUGCCGCUGUCAAAUACAAAUUAUAAAUCUGAAAUCCGGGAAAUUCAUGGAUUGAUUAUUUUAUUAAUAAAGAAACAUAAGAUUCAUGCAAAUUUAAGGUAAACACAAACAAAACGGUUGAUCGUGACAUUGCGAGCUACAAACGAGAAGUUAUCGGUGGUGCGCGACGUAAAUACUGUUAUCGUACGUUCGCGUAAGAACGAAAGAAAGCUGGUUAUUGGUAUUAGGUCAAUGGUGUGUUCGUGCCGGUAACGUGAGGCUGGGUGCUGACGUCGGCAGCGAGACGCGGCGGCCGCAGACCCGCGGCCAUCAGUUUGCGUCGGUUACAUCGCUCGGUUAACACGUCCCGACAAAUAACGGUUAACGAACACACAUUAAUCUCGAGCGUGAAAGUUAC